AUGGGAGUGUACGUGACGGGCGUAAUCGGCGUGAUCGUGUUCUACAUCGCGGUGCUGGCCGUCGGCGUAUGGGCCGCCGCGUUCAAGAGGAGGCAAGUCGCGCAGGGCCACUUCCAGGCUGACAUGAUGUUAGCGAACCGACGUCUCGGCCCGUUGCUCGGUGUCUUCACCCUGAUCGCGACAUGGGUUGGAGGAGCUUUCGUUAAUGGAACCGCUGAGGCCAUGUUUACGAGGGGUUUAGCCUGGUGUCAAGUACCCAUCGGAUAUAGCCUUAGCCUGCUUUUCGGCGCUCUGCUCUUCGUGCGCCCUAUGAGGAAGGCCGAGUACGUGACGAUGCUGGAUCCUUUUCAAGAACGGUAUGGCGCGGGCAUCGGGGGCUUGCUCUUCCUUCCGGCGUUGUGUGGUGAUUUAUUUUGGUGCGGCGCCGUCCUGAGAGCCCUGGGAAGCUCGCUCGCCGUCGUCGCAGGCGUUGAUCCGAACAUCAGCGUUUGCGCGUCCGCGCUUUUGGCGGCCAUAUACACAGUCUUCGGCGGAUUGUAUUCCGUGGCGUGCACCGACGCCCUGCAACUGCUGUGCAUUCUGCUGGGUUUAGUGAUAGCAGCGCCGUUCUCCUUAGUACAUCCUGCGGUAUCAUUUGAAAAUCAUUUGACCUCGAGGGACUGGCUGGGAUACGUGAAGAGUGAGGACAUGGGCGAAUGGGUGGACGGUAUGCUGCUGCUGGUGUUCGGCGGUAUACCGUGGCAGGGUUAUUUUCAACGAAUCCUAAGUAUUAAGAGUACUUCUGUUGCAACGACUCUAUCAAUUGCCUCGAUGUUCGGUUGCCUGAUACUCGCAGUACCAUCAGCUUUAAUCGGGGUAGUUGCUCGUGCCACCGAUUGGUCCUCGGUACCGGGUUAUAAUAGAACGUUCGCUACGGAAGACGGAAACGCUGCGAUGCCGAUGGUCCUGCGAUAUCUCACGCCUCAAUGGGUAUCUUUUGUUGGUCUCGGUGCGAUCUCGGCGGCAGUAAUGUCCUCGGCGGACUCCAGUAUACUCGCUAGUAGUUCUAUGUUUACCAGGAAUGUUUACAAACUCACGAUACGACCAAAAGCAUCCGAACGUGAGCUAAACUGGGUCUUGAGAAUUGCCGUAAUCGCUGUUUCCGUACUGUCUACUCUCGUCGCUCUCACGGUUAGCAGUGUUUACUACCUUUCGUACUUGUGCUCCGAUCUCGUCUACGUUGUUCUGUUCCCGCAAUUGUUAGCCGUUAUCCAUUGGCCUACUAUGGUGGAUACUUACGGCUGUUUGGCGGGAUAUUUUAUCGCUAUCAUCCUGCGUCUCGGUGGUGGUGAAAGAGGACUCGGCAUACUCCCGUUAAUUGAAUAUCCGUUCUACGAUGCAAAGACGCGCACUCAGAAGUUUCCCUUCCGCACUGCCGUCAUGAUAAUAGCCCUUUUUACUCAACUCUUCACUAGUUUCCUCACCAGAACUCUGCUUGGCAAAGGAUACUUUCCACAGUGUUGCGACGUAUUGAACAUAUACUCUCCCAAGAAGUCCAAGGAGCCGGGCGUCAUGCAGAGUAGUUCCGGCGCCACUCUCAUGGAUUCAUCCUCGAAAUCAACAUCGGGUAUAGAUUCUUGCGAUGGCGUCGGCACGUGCGUUUACGACGACGAAAGAACCUGCGGCCACGAGGACGCGGUCGAUCGCGGCGAUGAUGACGCGAUGACCAGCAGCGAUCUUGCCGAGCUGUCGAAGGCAAAGAGCAUUGGGACGUCGGUUGUGCAACGAGCAAACCAGAAUCUGCAAAAUCUACGUAGCGCGAUGCCGACGCCGGCUCGACACGUCUCCAUGGCGAGCCCGGUGUACACACCGAUACAGAACGACGCAUGCAGAGAACAGAUUCUCGCAGUGAGAAAUCUGCGGAGUCCCCUCGGUCCUCAGGGCGGGGUACUCUCGCCCACCCGGUCGAUCGGUAUCCCGGCGACGCCGAUCACUCCGUGUGCCCCUUCUUACGCCAAAGUGGGCUGCGAGCUUGGACCCAGUAACGAGAAGCCUCGGAACAACGACAGGAUCGGCAUCGUCGAGAGAAGCAACAUGGAGUACAAUUUAAACGCUCAAGAGAACCCACCCGCCAGCGUAGGUCCUAGGAAGAGCGUGAAGGGUGUGAAGCUCGUCGGUAUGGAGGGUGGCACGUUACGGAGACCAUCGCUGCAGAGCACAUUCUCACCGACACCGUCGGUGGAACUAGUCAACAUUCUGGACAGAAGACAAAGCAGCAGCUCGUACGGACCAGGCUCUCUAUCCCCUGUGCCGGCGAUGGGGGUAGAGGCAUGCAAAACCCAUGGGACCGCGACUGAGGGACAGAGCGGGCCUGAGCAUUGCAAGAUAAAGAGGGGCAUCGUGCGACAUCACAGCUUCAAUGACACGGGCGACCGAGUGGCGUUGACAACGCUCGCUAGACAGCCGAAUUAUCCAUCGAUGCCACUAAGGCCGGAUGAUUGCCGUAUGACAUUAGCAAGGAAGGACAAGCGCCUGGCCACAAUCGGUAGGCACUCGUCGAUGACGAACGAAACGGAGUUCAGCAACACGAGCAGCCUGAUUGUCAGCCCCACCUUCAGCAUGUACAGUUCCGCCGCGAAAAGCUCUAAUUAUUUCGUCACCGAUGAUGAAGCCGUCAGCAGGUUCUAAAACGGGAUUCCGUAAUUAAUAGGAUCUCCAGAACCGAAUACUUAAGGACUUUAUAAAGUCGAAAUC